AUGGACUUAGGUCCCGAAGCUCUAGUAGAAGAUUGUAACUACAACGAGAAAUCUGGAGGUAGCUGGAAUGAAGAGAGUGAAGAUAUGGGAAGAGCACAUGAUCGAACCGUCGGGUAUGAUACAAGUCCCCAAAUCACUACCCCUGAACUCUAUCAUAUAGAAAGGGUAAUUUGGGGAAAGGAAACCCUGUCCUAUUAGAUCCCAAAUACAAUGGUGCUCAAAUAAGUCGCGAAAAGCUCUACUAAGAGGAAGGCGAAGUGCACCAAAAGGAUAGACCUGAUGCCGAUAAUAAGAGCAGCGAUGGUGACGGAAGCGAGAAUAAUGUGGACAAAAAGAAACCUUGAGAUCAUAAGAAUGAUAAAAUUGAAACAGGCGAGGACGAUGACAUCGACAGUGAUGGCGCUCUUGGACGUGACAAGAAUAAGCUUUCUGGUUUCAAAUUUCUCGGCAGCUCGACAACAGAGGUGGGGGUAGAGGCUACUCUCGGAAUGAAGCUUGUCGAUGAUUCAAGCUUCGACGAGAACCCUGGAACAUGCCUAGACGAUAAGGCGAUAUUGGAUAGAGAAAAGGAAAGCGGCUAA